CCGGAACUAGUUUACACAAAACAACCACAACGGCCACAGAAGAUCUAUGCAACAAUAAAAUGUUUUAUAAGUUAGGUAGCUAACGUUAUAUUGCCAAAGGGGAAUUCGGAAACUGGUCCGGAUCUCACCAGACAUCUCAGAGUAUCUGAAGAGUGAAGACCACCUCUCGCCAUAUAUAUAUAUAUAUUUUACCAAGACCCCUUCUUGAUGCUUACACCAAACGUGUAAAAAAGACUGCAAGGACUCACGGGACUGUUGCUGUUACUUCAAUCGACUAACUAGUCUGCCUGGCUGACACCGGCAAAGCUUCUCUUACUGAUCCUAACCCGAGUAUGAGCCUGUCGGAGUCGGACGGUAAAGCCAUGAAAAUGCAAGCCAUGUGACUUGUUAAUUGUAGUGAAAGAGGAAGAGUACAUUGACCUCUACACUUGUGAUAAACAAAGGGACCAUCCAGGGAGUUCUACCAUCCAGGUAGUUCAAUCAGACAAAGGAGAACAGGGUCCUGAAUGAACAUCUCUCUCUGGCCAAGGAGACUUCAACACUGAACGCUGAUUCUGAUGAAGUCACAAUCCCAAAAGAUCUAAAGGAUCAUCCAGGGAGUUCUACCAGACUGGGAUCCUCUGCUGAGGCUACUAUGAACACUACCAUGGACCACUUUCCUGUAUUGACAGGUCACACCGACGAAAACAGGAGCCCCGUGUCUUCGCCGGGGCCAUCCGAUGAGGCCCUCCCCGUGUCUUCGCCGGGGCCAUCCGAUGAGGCCCUCCCCGUGUCUUCGCCGGGGCCAUCCGUUGAGGCCCUCCCCGUGUCUUCGCCGGGGCCAUCCGAUGAGGCCCUCCCCGUGUCUUCGCCGGGGCCAUCCGAUGAGGCCCUCCCCGUGUCUUCGCCGGGGCCAUCCGAUGAGGCCCUCCCCGUGUCUUCGCCGGGGCCAUCCGAUGAGGCCCUCCGCCGCUCUUGUGACAAGACAUUUACCAGUCGGUCUAAAAAACAUGAGAAAAACCCCUCAAGAGACCGAUCUCACCCCUGUGACCAGUGUGAGAAGAGUUUUGUUACACUAAAACUUAUGGAAAAACACCAGAUGAGUCACUCCAUCCCUCAUGCGUGCUCUGAUUGUGGAAAGAGAUUCCGUCGGGCUGAUCACCUAAAGAGACAUCAGAGAGGCCACACUGAGAACAAACUGUACAUUUGCCCUCAUUGUGGGAAAAGCUUUGGUUACUCUGGAAAGUUAACCCAACAUGUGAGACUUCACACUGGGGAGAAACCUUACCAGUGCUCCGAUUGUGGCAAAAUGUUUGCUGCUAUUAAAACAAUGAAAAGACACCAAGAGGUUCAUUCAACACAUAGGGUGAAGCCUCAUGUUUGCACUACCUGUGGAAAGGGCUUUGCUCGACAUGAAUACUUAAAAAAACAUUGCACCAUUCACACUGGAGUGAAACCGCAUCAGUGCUCUGACUGUGGAAAGAGCUUCCGUCUGCUUGAUCAUUUAACUCGGCACCAGAAAAAAGCACAUGGAGAGAGGCUAUUCCCUUGCUUUGUUUGCAAACAGUGUUUUGUUUCAAAGCACACCCUGAUUGUUCAUCAGAAAAAGCAUACAAGGCCUUACCACUGCUCCCUAUGUGACAAGAGAUAUGCUGAUAAGGGGAAUUUAGCAGUCCAUCUGCGAGUACACACUGGAGAGAAGCCCCACCUUUGCUCCCAGUGUGGGAAAUGUUUCUCUGGUAAACAACAACUUCAAUUACACCUCUUGGUACAUUCAGGUGAGAAGUCUUAUAAAUGUUCUCACUGUGAAAGGAGUUUCGCUAAUACACCUAUCCUGAAAAGACACAUACGAACCCACACUGGAGAGAAACCGUACCACUGCUCUGAAUGUGGGAGGAGUUUUGCUGAUGGGGAUACACUCACAAAACAUCUGCGAACCCACACUGGAGCGAAGCCGUAUCUUUGCUCUCUGUGCGGGAAACGUUUCUCUGUUAAACAACGUCUUAAAGAACAUCUAAUGGUACAUUCAGGUGAGAAGCCUCAUACCUGUUCUCACUGUGCGAGGAGUUUCACUAGUACAUCUAAUCUGAUAAGACACUUGCGAACCCACACUGGAGAGAAACCGUUCAAAUGCCUUGACUGUGGGAAGGGGUUUGCUCGCUCGGCAACCCUCAAAAAUCACCAGCGUAUCCACGGUAGGGUCACCAAGGACCAAGCUCCCAAGGACCAAUAGCUGCACAGAGAACUCUACACAGUAACUAGUACCAUGUGUCUGUACAAGAAGUCAGAAUAUCAGAAAGUAUUCUCUGUAGGCUCUAUUUCUCUUACAUUAUUUUAAGAGGUUUUAAGUAGGGAUGCGCGAUAUAUCGGUGAACAUAUCGGAAUCGUCUGAUAUUAGCUAAAAAUGCCAACAUCGGUAUCGGCCGAUGUCUAGUUUAACACCUAUGUUAAAAACCGAUGGCAAAGCUACCGUAUAUACCGAUGUAAUGUAGGUACAUGACGUAAUGACGCCACAUAAAAUUUUGCGCUACACCUACAACACAGAAUUCUUAACCUAGCCCACAAUGUCUGCCGUGUGGCUCGAGCAGUCAAGCAGUCAUUUGAAAGAGUAAGAAAAUUUCAGCGAGACAACUCAAAGGCGAAAUCCAUUAAAUCCAAGAUGAUAGAAUUCAUUCCCCUUGACAAUCAACCGUUCUCUGUCGUGGGUGAUGUUGCCUUUCGCCGACUCGUAGAGCACCGGUACACACUACCAAGUGCUCUAUUUUUUUUAGAUGUUGCCCUACCAGAGGUACACAGUAAUAGCAUCACUGCUAUUAGCUUUACGACAUACAUACUAUGGAACGCUUGUGUCUUUGCGUAUCAAAUAAGAAACAGUAGCACUGUCAAAGCUGUACAAAAAAGUCUGCAAACACCGGCCACGAACGAUGUGUUUACAAUACGGCGUUGGUAAUAAAGCAUCAUUUGUUUGACCGCAACUUCUGGGGUAGCUAGCUUUAGCUUGGUACCAAUACAACCAGCCUGUACAACCAGUAUAAGCUGCAGUCAUUUUAAUUAUUCUUAGCAAUGAUUUAGGAAUCCUUGUAAGUAUUAGCGCGGUUGCUACUUGUUGUUCGCCUAUUGAAAUUGAAAUUCAGUUCAUGAAAAUAAAUAGCUAGCCAGCUACUUAACCCUGUUGCCCAAAGCUAAAGUUGUAAGCAGCUAGCUAGCUUCAUCUGGCUAGUGAGGCUCGAC